UUCCCGGAUAGUCCCUGGGUCUAACUUCAGUUACUUUUCUCUGUUAAGUGACCCCACGUGCAUAUCACGUGAGGGGUAUUUUGGUCAGUUUACUUGUGCCUAACAUAUAAAAGUAUACCUGCACCCCUACUCCCUCAUUGUCAGUUGUUUUCCCUCCCUCCCUUAGUCGAAUCCGGCUCAUCAUCUUCCCCUAAUCUCUUCACCCCAGGUAAACCCUAAAUCUGAUCGAUCGAUCAUCUGAUCAUCAGAAUCUUCCCACGAAAAUGAAGGACGACGAUCCUCAACAUCCAAACAACAACCGUCAGUGGAAUUUCCGGUCCAAUUCUGAGUAUGUGAAGCCGUUUGUACCAGAGACUGUUUACGAUGGUUUUGAGAACUUUUUCAGCAUAAAACUUCUUUAUGGUGGUGUGUUUACUCCGUCACCAGGAAGAAAAUACGCUUUUGGCAAAGCUGCUUAUGUUGACUACUGCAACAUUGAGGAAUUUUCAGUGCAUGAAAUCGAUUGGAUGGUGAGAGAUCUUCAACUAUAUGUUCCUGAUGUGAAGUUCUAUUACCAUUUUAAGAUUCCUGAGUUAGAUUUAGAUGUUGGAUUAUGUCCUUUAGGUAAUGAUGGUGAUGUUAGGCUUUUGGCCAAAUAUGUUGCAAAAAACAAACUUAUUAAGGUGUUUAUAGAACAUGGUGAAACCAAGGUUAAAAAUUACUUUAGUCCGACACAAUCGUCGAAGGUGGUUAUUCAAGAAUUAGAGAAUGAGGGGGGUGCUGUUAAUACCAUUCAAAGGCCUAGAAGAAAGAAACUUAGGGUAUCAAAAAAUCUGUUACUUCAAUGGAAAGAUGUAAUUGAUGUAGAAGGUUCAGAGGCUGCUGAUAAGGUAAUUAAUGAUGUAACUGAUGUUGAAGAGGGUAACACAGGUGGUGUAGAGACUGUUAAUGCAGAGGGUAACACAGGUGGUGUAGAGGCUGUUGAUAAGUUAAGUAAUGAAGUUGUAAAUGAAGGUGUAACUAAUGAAGAUGUAGAGGCUAAUGUAGGUGGUGUAGAGGCCAAUGUAGGUGGUGUAGAGGCCAAUGUAGGUGGUGUAGAGGCCAAUGUAGGUGGUGUAGAGGCCAAUGUAGGUGGUGUAGAGGUUAAUGUAGGUGGUGUAGAGGCUAAUGUAGGUGUGGAGAAUGCAUCGUUCCAUAACAGUUUUAGCUAUGAUUUUGACAAUGCAAAUUUCUCAACUGAUUUUCCAAUAGAUGGUGUGUCUAGGCAAGCUGAGGGUGAUGAGUCUGAGGUUGGUCAGUCUAAGCAAGCUGAGGGUGGUGAGUCUGAGGUUGGUCAGUCUAGGCAAGCUGAGGGUGGUGAGUCUGAGCAUGUUGAGGGUGUUGAGGCAAGUGAUGGUGCUGAGGCUGAUGAUGAAUCAACUGAGGGUGAUGAUUCAGAUGACAGUGACUUUGUAGAGGGGUUAGAGAGUAUGGAUGAGGCUGAGUAUGACAUGAUGGACUACCAUGCAAAUGUUGACAGGGGUGUGGAGUUUAUGGGAGCUGAAGUAGAGUCUGUUGGCAACCAUGAUGUGGAUACCAGUGAUGACUUAUUAGAUGAUGAAAAUCUAAGUUAUGAGUCUUUUGACAGUUUGACUGAUGAGGAAAUGGAAGAUUUCGAAACUAGGAGAAGUUUGAAAUUAAGAGAGUUGAGGAGGAAAAAGAGGGUUGCACAAUCAACAUCCCAAGUGACCUUUUAUGUGGGUCAGUUGUUUCCAACAGCCAAAGCGGCAAAAGACAAGAUAAACAAACAUGCAAUUGAAACAAGGAGGUCACUGUCUUUUCUAAGAAAUGAUAAAAGAAGAAUUAGGGUGGUUUGUGAGGGUAGAUGUCCAAUAUUCACAUGUGGGCCAGAUCAAACUGGGCCCAGCCAAAGUGGGCCUGGUAUCCAUAUACAAUCUGCAAGUGGGCCUGGUAUCCAAAAAGGCAAGGAAUCUUCUGCAAGUGGGACAAAAAAGGGGUUUAAAAAGGGAUUGGUAGAAUGCAAUGAUAAAAGGAAGGGUAGGUUAAAUAGUGUUGAUUGUCCUUGGGUUUUGUACUUGUCUAGAUUGAGUGAUGAAGAUGAGACUUGGGUGGUAAAGACUUACCAACCCAAUCACAAGUGUCUCACAUCCAGAAAAAUACAGCCUUUCACUUCUACCUUCUUGGCUAAACAAGAGUUUGUGAUGAAUCAGAUUGCAGCCAACCCUAAUAUUUCAGUAAGUAGGCUACAAGAAGAGCUUGGGAGGAAGUAUGAGCUGUCUGUGACAAAAAUGAAGGCUUUCAGGACAAAGCUCAAGGCCACCAAAAAGAUUGAAGGGGACUUCAAAGUUCAGUAUGCAAGCCUCAGGGACUAUGUCAUGGAACUGCACAGGACCAAUCCAGGUACAACAGUUAAAUUUGUUGUUGAGCCUGAGUGUAACCCACAUGCACCCACAAGGAUCUUCAAGAGGAUUUACAUUUGUUUGGGACCACUGAAAGAAGGGUUUAAAGAGUGUAGGAGGGAACUGUUGGGGUUAGAUGGGGCAUUUAUGAAAGGCCCCUACCCUGGUCAAAUGCUAACAGCAUGUAUUAAAGAUGACUUGGAUCUUCCAGAUAAUGCAAAUUUCACCUUCAUUUCUGACAGGCAAAAGGGAAUAAUACCAGCCAUAAGUCAGGUAUUUCCAGCAGCUGAGCAUAGAUUUUGUGCAAGGCAUAUUUGGCAGAACAUGAAACUUCAAUGGAGAGGAGAUGCCUUCAAGGAUUGUCUUCAAAAUGCAUCCAAAGCUUAUACAGUUCCAGAUUUUGAAGCAAAAAUGGAGGAGUUGAGGUUGUACAACAUUGAAGCUUAUAAUUGGUUGGCAAGUAUUCCACCCAUUCACUGGAGCAGGUCUCAUUUUACAGGUAGGGCACAAUCUGAUGUGGUGCUGAACAACAUGUGUGAAGUCUUGAAUGCAAGGACAGUCAAUGGUCGAGACAAGCCUAUAAUUUCUGCUUUGGAGUUUGUCAGAGAGUAUCUAAUGCAGAGGAUAGUGAAUGUCAUCAGGAAGAUUCGGCAGACAAAUGGUCCACUUACUCCUAGAGUUGCAAAGAUCUUUGAAAACACAAAGAAAUUAGCUGCAAAUUAUAAUGUUAGGUGGAGUGGUGGGACAAAGUAUCAAGUCAGUGGUAAGGUCACAGUGGAUGGUGCUGCAACACAUAAACAGUAUGUUGUGGAUGUUGUGGAUAGGGUUUGCACUUGUAGAGAAUGGGAAGUUUCAGGAAUCCCUUGUAGGCAUGCUGUGGCUGUCAAUUGGGACAUGGCAAUGAAUGGCCAAGAGGUUGGACCCCCAGAAUCAUGGGUUAAUGAAUGUUAUUAUCUUGAAACAUGGAAGAGGGUUUACAGUCAUACCAUUGGUCCCAUUAAUGGUAGAGAAUUAUGGCCAAAAUCACAGGUUCCAACCAACCUAACCCCACCUCUGCACCACACACCUAUCGGCAGACCUAAGAAGAAAAGAAGGAAGGAUGCUGUGGAGUUGCAGGAUGAAGUUGAAAGGGCUUCACAAGCAAGAAACAAGAGAAACAGGGCUGCUGAAGCUGAUAACGAGCAGGCUGUGGUUGGUGGCAAAUUCACAAGAAAAUGGAAGUCCGUGAAGUGCCAGAAGUGUGGUGAAAAGGGCCACAACCAAAGAACUUGUGGAAGGACCAAAACAGUUGCCGGGCCGAAGAAAGGGAAGAAAGGUAAGAAGAAGAAAGAUGGUAAUCAACCUACUGAGGCUGGUGAGGGAGCUCCAACUGUUUAAGGGUUAUGGUUCUUCGGGUUGUCGGGUUAUGGUUUUUGGGUUGUCUUAAGGGUUAUGGUUCUUUUGGGUUGUCUUAAAACAGUUAUGCAGU